AAGAGUUCAAUAGUACAGAGGUUUGUCAAGAACACAUUUGAUGAGUUUAGAGAAUCUACGAUAGGUGCUGCAUUCAUAACGAAGACAAUUCAACUAGAUCCUCAAACCAGUAUAAAGUUUGAAAUAUGGGAUACUGCAGGACAAGAACGUUAUAAGUCGCUAGCACCCAUGUAUUACAGAAAUGCUAAUGCUGCUAUAUUGAUGUUUGAUUUAACAGAUUCUCAAAGUUUUGACAAGAUGAUUAAAUGGGAAAAUGAGUUAAAUUUACAAGCUCCUGAGAAUUUAAUUAUUAAAAUCGUGGGGAAUAAAUUAGAUUUGAAAAAUAAACCAUCUUCAAAUUUGAUUGAGGAUGCAAAGAUUAUGGAUUUUAUAAAUAAAAAUGAUAAGAAUCUUUCAUACAUUGAAACUAGUGCUAAAACUGGUGAAAAUGUUGAUAAAUUAUUUGAAACAAUUGCACAGGAUUUACCAGAAGAAUUGUUCAAAACUCAAGAUUUGAUUGAUGGUGAUAAUAAUGGUAAUGCUAAUGGAGGUUCUGGGCUUGUGGAUUUAAAUUCAAGAGUGUUUAAUAAUGGGAAAUCAUGUAAUUGUUAA